GUCUGACCAGGGCACUCUCUCGCUCUCCCUCAUACUCGUAGGCGCAAUUGACGUUUUGUUAGCCGGUCUUGCUCGGUUGUGUACGAGUCCGACAGUGAUGGCUGGAGAGAAAGGUUUGCUGUCGGCGCUUUCUACAGCCGGAUUUGUUUUUAGUGUUUUCAUAGUGUCAUCAUCGCUUUUCAUUGAAAGAUGGAAGCAAUUCGUGAUAGUUUUGUGCUUUUGGUUUUUCUUUACCGAAAAACGCUAUCGGUCCUUUUACUUAGGAGUGCAAACUUUCCCAAGAGAUAUGAGAUCAGUGGGGAAAUUCAUGUUGACUCUAUCACAGUUCUACUACUGGAAGGUACGUGGCGGUGGAGUUGCUGCAAUUUUCUUACACAAUGUUCGGAAACAUCCCAACAAGAUUGCUUUCUACUUUGAAGAUCGAUCUUGGACCUUUCAAGAGGUGGAAGAUCAGAGCAACCGGGUGGCCAACUACUUCAGAACACAAGGUGUGAGCAGAGGGGAUGCUGUGGGAUUGCUGAUGGAGAACAGGCCAGAGGUAGUGAUCUUAUGGCUGGGGCUAACCAAGCUGGGGGCGGUGGCCGCUCUUAUCAACAAUAACCAGAGGGGAGACAUCUUGUCACACUCCAUCCUGUCUGGAGAGUGUAAGAAGGUCAUCUGUGGCACCGAACUUGUCGAUGCUCUGUCAGAGAUCCUGCCCAAGUGGCCAGAGCUGGGGGUAUACACGACAGGACCUACCCAGAAGGAACUGCCUGGCAGCACACACCUGGACCAGGUUCUCCCUCACUCACCCUCUACUCCUCUACCACAGGAGAUCGCCAAGACGGCCAUGAAUGACACUUUCCUCCUGAUUUAUACCUCAGGCACCACUGGCCUCCCUAAGGCUGCUAAGAUGAACCACGCUAGGUGUUUUAUGAUGGCACGAGGUAUUUACAACAUGAUGUGGAUGAGUGGAGACGACGUGGUGUAUGAUACCCUCCCUCUGUACCACACGGCUGGAGGAGUACUGGGUGUGGGACAAGCACUACUCAAUGGUCUCACUGUAGUUGUGAGGUCAAAGUUCAGCGUUACGAACUUUUGGACUGACUGCAUCAAGUACAACUGUACGGUAGCGCAGUACAUCGGAGAGAUGUGCAGAUUCUUGCUUGCUAGUCCUGAACGUCCCGAACAAACAGCGCACAAGGUACGUCUCAUCAUUGGAAACGGCCUAAGACCCCAGAUCUGGUCAGCAUUUAUGGAGCGUUUCCACAUCCAAGAGGUUGGGGAGUUCUAUGGCUCUACUGAAGGCAACUGUAACAUGAUUAACACUGAAAAUAAAGUGGGUGCUGUCGGUUUCCUGCCUUGGUUUGCUCCAUUGCUUAACCCGUACUAUCUGAUCAAAGCGGACCCAGAGACUAAUGAGCCAAUCAGAGGCAGUGAUGGACUUUGUAUUUUGUGUAAAGAGGGAGAAGCAGGAAUUCUGACAGGAAUAGUGAGGAAGGUUCAUCCCUUCAGUCAGUUCACUGGCUACGCCGACAAGAAAGCCACAGAGAAGAAAAUUAUGCGGAAUGUGUUCAAGCAAGGAGAUGAGUACUUCAAUUCUGGUGAUAUUUUAGUGAAAGAUGGGCAUGGCUAUUUCUACUUCAAAGACAGAACUGGAGACACUUUCAGGUGGAGAGGCGAGAAUGUAGCCACCUCUGAGGUAGAAGCUGUCAUCAGUAAUGUCGUCAAGCUGAAGGAUGCUAUCGUCUACGGAGUUGAGGUGCCUCACGUGGAAGGUAGGGCCGGAAUGGCAGCCAUUGUGGACACAGACAACACACUAGAUUUGGCAGAGUUGGCGGAAGGGAUGAGGAAAUCAUUGCCAGUCUACGCUCGUCCUCUCUUCGUGCGCGUACUGCGUAGUGUUCCUCUCACCGGCACUUUUAAACUGAAGAAGGUGGAUCUGCAGAAUGAAGGUUACAACCCAUCCUCCAUACAGGACCCUCUGUAUUUCCUUCAGGGCAAUUCUUUUGUGCCUCUCACUCUAGAACUACACCAAGACAUAGUCAGUGGAAAGGUGAAAUUGUAACGAAACUACCUCGAUCUCUACUCGUCAAGUCCUUGCUCAUGUGGACGCCUGUGAUAAGACUGCUAUCAGCAUCCAACUAUACAUUGUGCUACAACGAUUAUUUAUUGUCUUAGACUACUUAAUAUUUAGAAAGCAUUGACUUUUCAGUUAGUUUGCCAUGUGGGGUGUAAUGAUUUAGUUAAUGUGUGUGCAAUACAGAAACCAAAUUUAGUUUCUUAGCCAGCUAGCUUAGUUUAUUUAUUGAGAUGGUUGAAAGUCUAGAGAAUACUAGUAUUUUAAGUCAUAAAAUAAGAAUCUGUAAAGAAAUUACUUAAAGUUUUAUGCAAACAUAUAUCUGGCUAUAUUGUUUUAUUAUUAUUUAAUCAAACAAGCAAAGCUAUCUCUGAAUUAAAUUUUUAAGUAAAAGUAAAGUUAAGCAUCGCUGUAGUUUUCUUUUAGAUGUUUGAAAUCUUGAAGUCUGAAAGAAAUUGUAAUACUAAAUCAUGACAAUCACUUCAAAGUUUGAGAUGAACAUGGUUGUAUGGCUGGAAACCGAGAGGUUAAGGGAUUUAACAAGAGCCAUUGAAAACGUUUAAUGCUGAAGAAUUUAUGAGGUAUGUUUAUAAAUAUGGCCAGUGGUUUUCGUACAAUUUUAGUGUGUUUGUAUAUUUUUUGUUUAGUUUAGUUAUUUUUGACUAAAGCAGAAAGAUAAAUACAUUAUGGAGAUGUUUGUACAUUCCAUAUAGACUGCCUUUGGAGCUCUGUGAUCUGUCACAAGAUUUCCUGUUAGUAAAUAUUUAUCACUGUAAGCUAUUUAUUCUGUGACCACUUUAUAUUUUUAAGACGUCUUAUUAAGAUCAUUUUUUAAAUUGUUAAUAAAUGUUUUAAGAGA